GAACUUAAUAAAGCGAGUUGCCAACAUAUUUGGGAGGUACCUGCACAUGUGCAGAUCAGGGAGGUUGCCUUAGAUCUGGUAAAGGACCCUGGAAUAACCCUGAAAUUUUGAAGAUGAUUCGCAGUGGUGAAGCAAGGCGAAUAAGUCAACCGGUAAAAGUUCUAAACAGCGAAGGGAAGGUAAAUGGCAUUGAUACAUCAACAUCUGAAUCAAGGUCCGAAGCUGAAGAUAAUGAUAUAGCUUCUCCAAAAAAUCCUAACAAUUGGUUGGACCCGUCGGAUUCGAUGAUGAGUGCAAUGGAGACUAGAACGAGUGUUUUGGAAAAGCUGGUUAGUGAACAAGGGAAGCUACUGACAGAGUUGAAAACAGACAUGGGGCAAAUCAAAGAAUUGCUGUUGGAAUUCAUGAAGAAAAAACCUCCCUCAGAAGGUACUGAAAAUCUUGUCAAGAAUGUGAAAACAGAAGACGACGGUGCAGAAUUUGUUGUUGUCAAUUGGAAUUGAUUUUGCAUUUAAAAUCUAUUAUUCAAGUAUU